AAGGGUGCCCGGGGAUCCAAAACUGCAGGCCGCACUUAGCUUACCGUCAAAAAUAAACCAAAACAAUAACAGACAAAACUGAGAAGGGGGAGAAACACCGAUAGAGUCAGAAGAGGACGCUAUCAGGGAUUGAUUAACUUGAUGGAAGGAAGCACAUCAAUAACCCUGUUGGUUGUAUUCUAAGGGGUUUGUCAUCAAAUGUGAAGGCUUUUCCCCAAGUAAAGACAUGGAUCAAGGAGGAGGAGUGUUGGAGCUACACACUCAGGAGCUUAAGAUGCCCCACGCUAUGAUCAUGCAAGACUUUGUUGCAGGCAUGGGGGGUCUGGCUCACAUCGACGGGGAGCAUAUUGUGGUGUCUGUGCCUGAAGGUAUGCUUCUUUCUGAUGUGAUGACAGACGAGGGCAUCCUCCUGGAGCAUGAGCUUGAGGUUCACUGCCUGGAGACUGAGGUGGUGGAAGAACUUGAGACGGAAGUGGUGGAGAGCUUACAUGCAGAUGUUGACUGCUUGGAGGCAGAAGAGGUCGAAGGGCUGGAGACACAUGUGGUAGAGCUGGAGGCUCAUGUUGUCGAUGGCGAGGUGGAAGUGGAGGGUCUGGAGGCACAUGUGGUUGAGGGCCUGGAAACUGAGGUUGAUGUCGAAGACCUGGGAGUUCACAUCGUCGAGGGCCUUGAGGAAGAAGUGGAAGAGGAGGGUUUGGAGGCGGAGGUUGUUGAAGGCCUGGAGGUAGAUGAGGAGAGUCUGCAGUCGCAAGGAGUAGAAGCCCAUGAAAUUAGCUCUGAAGACAUGGUGACCUCAGAACACAGUGUGAUCAUGCCUGAGAAUAUUAUGGGCACAGAGGUUGCAAUAGAGGAAGAUCUGGACCCCCAUCACCACCAUCACCACCACCAUCACCACCAUCAUCAUGUCCUCACUGCAGACCUCAUCCAGGACUCAAACCACCAUCAUGAUGACAUGCCAGACCAGGUGUUUGUGGCGGAGCUGCUGUCUGACCACCAGGACAACACGCUGGACCACCAGCUCGUGUCAGAAGGCUUGAUGGUGACCGAAUCCAACUCGGAGACCAUCAUCCACCAACAGAUGCCAGCAGAGGCUGUCUCCCUGCAGACGGACGAGGAUGAUGAUGCAAGAAGCAGCUCUGAGGAUUACCUCAUGAUCUCCUUGGAUGAGGUGGGAGAGAAGCUGGACAUAGGAGACACUCCCCUGGAGAUCAGCACUGAGGUAAUGGAAGACAAGGAGUGUAAAGAGGAGGACGGCUCCGAGGUCAUCAAAGUCUACAUUUUCAAAGCUGAAGCAGAUGAUGACUUGGGUGGAACAGAGGUAAUAACAGAGGAUGAUUACCAGAAUGGCCAUCCUGACCUGGAAGCUGCAUCGUCAGGCAGACUGGGAGUUGGCCGUGACAAGAUGGUCUACAUGGCGGUCAAGAACCACCCGAAAGAAGAAGAGGAUGAUGAGGAUGACAGUGACGAGGAUGACGAUGAUGACAUCAGUAAUACCAUCGAUCAGGUGAAGAAUGGAGCGGCUUCACCGUUUCUGCAAAUCCGAGAGGGACUCGGGGACAACCGUGUCCUUAAACCCAAAACUAAGAAAAAGAAGAAAGGAGAUAUUCGACAGUCUCAGACCGCUGUUAUCAUCGGACCAGAUGGGUUGCCCUUGACUGUCUACCCCUGUCACCUAUGCGGAAAGAAGUUUCGCUCAAGAGGCUUCCUCAAAUGUCACAUGAAGAACCACCCGGACCACCUGGUGAAGAAGAAAUACCAAUGUACAGACUGCGACUUCACCACCAACAAGAAAAUCAGUUUCCACAACCACCUCGAGAGUCACAAGCUGCUGAAUCACAACGAGCGCUCUCCAGAAUACAGCGAGUACGCGCGGCGCUACCACGAGUCCAGCCCUCUGGGCUCCGACAAGCUCAUCGUCAAGGACCGGGAGAACAAACUGCAUCACUGCAAGUACUGCGAUUAUGAGACCGCUGAACAGGGUCUGCUCAACCGUCACCUGCUGGCUGUACACAGUAAGAACUUUGCACACGUGUGCGUCGAGUGCGCCAAGGGCUUCCGCCACCCAUCAGAGCUGAAGAAACACAUGCGGACCCACACGGGCGAGAAGCCCUACCACUGCCCGCACUGCGAGUUCCGCUGCGCAGAUCAGUCCAACCUAAAGACUCACAUCAAGAGCAAGCAUGGCGCCGAUCUGCCUUUCAAGUGCAGCCACUGUCCGCAAGCAUACGCCGACGCACGGGAACUCCAGCGGCACAUAGAGAUGGUGCAAGGCCACAAGACCCACCAGUGCCCACACUGUGAGCACAAGAGCACCAACUCCAGCGACCUGAAACGACACAUUAUCUCUGUACACACCAAGGACUUCCCCCAUCAGUGUGACGUGUGCGAGAAAGGCUUUCACAGGCCCUCGGAGCUGAAGAAGCAUGCAGAGACACAUAAGGGCAACAAGGUGCACCAGUGCCGACAUUGUAACUUCAACGCCCCGGACACCUUCACUUUGAGUCGCCACAUCCUGUCCUUGCACACGAAGGACCUUCCCUUCAAGUGCAAGCGCUGCCGGCGAGGGUUCCGGCAGCCGGCGGAGCUGAAGAAACACAUGAAGACACACAGUGGUAGAAAGGUUUAUCAGUGCCAGUAUUGUGAGUAUAACAGUACGGACGCUUCUGGCUUCAAACGCCAUGUUAUCUCCAUUCACACCAAGGACUACCCACACCGCUGUGACUACUGCACCAAGGGCUUUAGGAGGCCUUCGGAGAAGAGCCAGCACAUAGCCAGGCACCACAAAGACAUGUUGAUGUAAUGUCAUCACACACACACACACACACACAC